AUGGUGAAAAAGUAUUAUUGCGACUAUUGCGAUCGAUCUUUCCCUGACAACAUUGAAGCUAGACGAAAACACUUAGAAGGAACACAACAUAAAAAUAAAGUUAAACAACAUUAUGAUUCUUUUAAAGAUCCCGUCGAAUUAUUGAUCGAGAAUAGUAAAAAAUCUCGUUGCCGUAAAUUUUUUGAGUUUGGAUAUUGUCCAUUUGGUCUAAGUUGUAAAUAUUCACAUGUACCAGUUGGAUUUGAUUUUUCAAUAAUUGAUCCUCAUAUGUAUUUGGCUCAAAAUCCACACCUUUUACCACAACAAAAUUUCCGAGGAUCUACAUCAAAAGAGAAUACUAUUAAUACAAAAAUGAUUCAACCAAGACAACAACUUCCAAUAUUCAAGUAUAAAUUUCCUACAGGUUUCCCAAAAGAUUUACCACCUUCGUUGAGACCUCCACCUUCAACUGGCUACGAUUAUUCUUCAUGUUCUCAGUGGUGA